AUGGGAGACUUAACCUUAAUAGUGAUGCCUGGCGAGGAUUUUAACUCUACCUUCUCGUUAAGUACUAUUACAGAACAUCCAUUAGCAGAGUUUAGAGUAGAGAAUAUGACCUACUAUUUGGAGUACCAGGUGGCAGAAACUUUGAUGGAGUUCAUCACCCCGAUAUUAUCUUUUGGUGGUAUUAUUGGCAAUAUUAUAACCAUCAUAAUCUUGGUAAAAUCAUCCCUGAGAAAGUCGACCACCUGCUGGUAUAUGACUGUCAUGGCUAUUCUGGAUAUAGUCACCCUGUUAUUUCAGUUAAUCUGGUUGUUUAUCCGACCGAAAAUUCAUCCCAAACAUUUCAGUGGUUGGAUAUGUGGAAUUAUUUUCGGAGUUUUCUUCUUCGCUAUUCAUUACAACGUUUUUCUCUUGGUCGCAAUGACAAUAGAAAGGUACAUUGCCGUUAGAUUUCCAAUUCGUGCCCAGAAAUUACUUAAUAAAAGAAGAACGGUGAUUAUCAUAUCGGGUUUAGGGUUUUUGUCAUUGCUUGUGAACGCUCAUCAUCUCGCGACAAGAAUGUGUGCUCGCCAUCCCGAUACUAGUGAAGUAAUUUGCGUAGCUGACGUCGGAAACGAAACAUUUACUAACCUAGUGUGGCCAUGGAUAGAUGCCACCCUUUAUUGUUUUGUGCCUCUGUUUUUCCUCAUCGUUUUUAAUAUUUUAAUUGUACGUCAGCUGCGACGUGCCAGUCGACGUCAACGUGAAAUGGUCAUAAGAAAAAGUGGAGGACGGUUUGCUAGUAAUCAAGCUCAAGUAACGUUAAUGCUUCUACUGGUAUCAGUUUCCUUUGUGUUUCUAGUUACCCCUAUAGCCUUGAUUAUCCUGAUUGAACGCUAUGCGUGGGAUAGAACCACCGCUCACGAUAAAGCGACUCAUCAUCUGUUACGAAGAUUAGCAGGUGCCUUAAUGUUCACCAAUCAUUCCUUAAACUUCGUUCUGUAUUGUCUAAGUGGUCGACGGUUUCGGACAGCAACGAAGGCGUUGUUUUGUUGUCGUAAAAUAAACGGUGGUCGGAUUGAAAUGACUACAAUAGCAUCCAAAAAUAUAGUUUCAGCUAAGAGUAAUCGGUCGUCUACCAAUAUUGAAGGACCUGAUUCCAUCAGUGAUGAGGAUGCUGUGUCACUUCCGUGUGAAUUCCGCAAUGAACCUCUCUGA